AUUUGUCACGGAACAGACUGUCAGAGCUUCCAGCAGAAGCAUGUCACUUUGUCUCCCUCGAGAGUCUUAAUUUGUACCAGAACUGCAUUCGAUACAUCCCAGAGGCUAUUUUGAAUUUACAGGCUUUAACAUUUCUAAAUAUCAGUCGAAACCAGCUUUCAACAUUGCCAGUACACCUCUGUAGUCUACCAUUAAAAGUUUUGAUAGCAAGUAAUAAUAAGUUGGUUUCGAUACCUGAAGAAAUUGGACAGCUCAGACAGCUGACAGAGCUCGAUGUGAGCUGUAAUGAAAUACAGACAAUACCUCCGCAGAUUGGCAGUUUGGAAUCCUUGAGGGACCUAAAUGUCAGAAGAAAUAAUUUGGUGCGUUUGCCAGAAGAGCUUGCUGAGUUGCCUUUGAUUCGAUUAGAUUUCUCCUGCAAUAAAAUAACAACAAUACCAGUUUGUUAUAGGAACCUCAGACAUCUGCAGACCAUCAUGUUGGAGAACAACCCUCUCCAGUCACCCCCUGCACAGAUAUGUAUAAAAGGAAAAAAUCACAUAUUUAAAUACCUGAACAUAGAAGCGUGCAAGAUAGCUCCAGACUUGCCCGAUUAUGAUAGGAGACCCAUGGGAUUUGGAUCUUGCCAUGAGGAGCUCUAUUCCGGUCGUCCAUAUGGAGCACUUGAUUCUGGCUUCAACAGUGUGGACAGCGGAGACAAAAGAUGGUCAGGGAAUGAACCGACAGAUGAGUUCUCAGAUCUCCCGUUACGUGUGGCAGAGAUCACUAAAGAGCAGAGACUGCGAAGAGAAAGUCAGUAUCAGGAAAACCGAGGGAGCGCAGUCGUAACUAAUGGUGGAGUGGAACAUGAUCUUGAUCAGAUCGACUACAUUGAUAGCUGUGCCACAGAAGAGGAGGAGGAAGAGGUGAGGCAACCGAAGUGCAUGGACUCAGACAGCCUCAGCUCACAAUUCAUGGCGUAUAUUGACCAGCGGCGAAUCUCUAAUGAGGGCUCACCAGUAAAGCCUGUAUCCAUCAGAGAAUUUCAGAGAACAGAGGAUACAAGACGAUAUUUGCAUCAAAACAGACCCCCGGCUGAUUCACCCUACUUUCUCUCUCUAUCAAGUCCCCACAGCCAGGUGCCUAAUACAGAGCCAGAGCUGCACCGCAGGCACAUAGAGCGUACCCGCCGGGAGGCCCAGCUAGCAGCACUUCAGUACGAGGAGGAGAGGAUGAGAACAAAACAGAUUCAGAGAGAAGCUGUCCUUGACUUUGUUAAGCAAAAAGCGUCCUUAAGUCCUCAGAAGCAAAGCCCUCUGGAUAGUGAGUGUCCCUUUCCAUCCAGAAGGUCUCAGCAUACUGAUGAUAGUGCCUUGUUAGUGUCACUCUCAGGGUUGAACCAAGAAAGCUGUGCUACCACCCUGCCUAAUGCCUCUACCUUCAGUCCUGUCAAGAGUGAUGACAGAUCUACCAUCUCCCCCGGCUCACCUACCACUCAGACAGUCCACCUUUCCCCUCCAUAUCCUGGCCAUGCAGCCCCGCCUUCCUAUAGAAACCCUUCCCAGCGACCUGAGAGUUUCCUUUUCCGAGCAGCUGUCAGGGAUGAAGCAAACAAAGCUGUUACUUCAUCUUCUACCCGUGCCUUGUCUCCUGCUAACGGUUCUGCAGACCCUAGAGUGAGACAGAACUCCAAACAGCGAGAGGAGGAGCUGGAGCUAAUAGAGCAGCUACGUAAGAAUAUAGAAUCACGGUUGAAGGUGUCGUUGCCCAGUGAUCUUGGAGCAGCUCUCACCGAUGGUGUUGUUCUGUGCCAUUUAGCUAAUCACGUGCGUCCCCGAUCUGUUCCCAGCAUUCAUGUCCCCUCACCUGCUGUUCCUAAACUCACAAUGGCAAAAUGCAGACGAAACGUGGAGAACUUCUUGGAAGCUUGCAGGAGGAUUGGAGUGCCUCAGGAGCAAUUAUGUUUGCCUCUACAUAUUUUAGAAGAGAAGGGUUUGACACAGGUAGCUGUGACUGUCCAGGCGCUCCUGGAGCUGGCACCCCCAAAGCAGCAGCAACUUCACCACUUGUCUGCUGUGUAA